UUCGAGUCGGUAGUGCCCACCAUUGUCUUCGCCUAUUCGUAGAAUCUCCCUCACUCAUCAGUACACAAAGCGAAGAAAAGAGCCCCCAAUCAACGGGAAUCCUCCGCGCGUAUCGAUGCGAGGCUGUACGGGACAAGCAGCUGACCGUCUGGGCUUCGCGCCGUUCACUUAAAAGACGGCCCCAAUAGCGAGUUCUGCAAUCCUCUUGCCUUCGUACGACCGCCUACGCCAGACUUCUGAAGAUGGACCUCACCCUCUCCACAUCCGACAUCAUGGAAACCGUCUUCAGCGAUGGCACUGGGCGUGCACUCUAUCGCACGCAUACCAAUCACCCUGCCGUCCCGCACGAGACGGCGCUCUACCGCGUAGCGUCCGAGUCUGGCGGAGACCUUCGAGUCGGGCAGGUCACUCUGGCCGGGAUACGCGACCAUUUGGUCGUAGUGAAUGGCCUGGAUGUUACGCCGGUGAAAAAGAAGAAGCUGUCUGCCUCGCAAACGUUCACCGCGUCCAAUGGUCGAUCGUACAAAUGGAAAUCGAAUGCUAUGGGCAGCUUCACUCUCGUAGACGACGAGACCAAGGAAGACAUCGCAACUUAUGAACGCCACUCCGUGCUGUCAUCGCAGUCGAACAGCCUUCACAUCGAGCCAUUCACCGUCGUAGGGCAGCGGUCAGCGGAAUGUCGUAAAGCUGGCAUACGAACAUGUGUAGUACUACUGUGUUCUGCAGGUCGUCGCAGUGGGGCCUGACUUUGGCAGUUUAUGAGCCUCGAAUGUCGAUGUAAGCGCGCUACAUGUAGCAAUUGGCUAGAACAAGACUCUCCACUCCAAUAUGCA